AAGCACGGCAUUCCGUAACCCUCUAAUGUAGAAAGUAGAUAUUUGUAUGCGAACGCAAAACCCACCCAGCCGCGGUAGCUGAUUGUGGCGGCAGGAUGUGUAGCUUCUUCAGCAUGUCAUCCUCUUCUGUUCACUUCCGUCCAACUCCAUUUCUCUCAUCUCCUCAUCUCUUUACCGCUCUUCCAAAUCCCCAAUUCACGACUACAGAGUCCAAAUUGGAAUCGUCCUCUUCGAGUUCUUCUUUGGAAUCUUCUACAUCUUCUUUUGUCAAUGACGAUGUUGAUGACGCAGGCAUCACAGCUUACAAAUGGUGUGCGGCUCUUGGAGGAAUUGGGUUCCUUGAGACAGCAUAUUUGACUUACCUUAAGCUCACGGAUUCGGAUGCCUUCUGCCCAAUGGGAGGAGGAUCUUGCACUACCAUCCUCACAAGCGCCUAUUCAUCCAUUUUUGGCAUUCCUCUUCCAUUAUUUGGCAUGGUUGCGUAUGGUUUAGUCGCAACUCUUGGUUUACAACUGGAUGCAAAGAACAGGCUAUUCGGUGCUAAGAAAACAGUUGGUGAAAUUGUUUUAAUUGGAAUAACAACCGCUAUGGCAGUUGCUAGUGCAUAUUUCUUAUAUAUUCUCAGAACUGAAUUUGGUGGGGAGUUGUGUUUAUAUUGUUUGGCAUCAGCCGUGCUAUCCUUCAGCCUAUUUUUCAUCACCCUAAAGAAAUUUGGGAUAAAUGAACUUCAAAGAAUCUUGGGCUUACAGCUUGUCAUCACUGGCGCUGUGGUUAUUGCAUUGACUGCAUCUUAUAAUGGCACCGAAUCAAUCUCCAGGUAAUGAAAUACUCUAGUGAUAUAAAUAGGCAAUGUAAAAUAUAUUGAGGUCCUACAGAAUGCAAUUG